UGCUGAAUUUAAGUUAUAAAAGGCCACCGCCAUCACCAAAAGUAAGGCUAUUUUUAGUUGGACCUUGAUGGAGUCAUGAAAUAUUAUGAAAAGAAUUGUGCAUUGUCAGGCAUCUACUUUAUACUUCCUAUGCUUAGUAGGAGGCACCUAAUGCAACGUGCAACAUCGACAUGCAGAUAGCGCCUAACCUGUGCAGAUAACUGCUGAUAUGAAUAGGGAAAGCGGGGUGUCUCAAAUCCACAGACCCCAACUGGCAACCUGCAACCACUGUAACGACUGCCACUAAUGCAAACAUUUUAGGACCAGAGAUUCUUAGCUGAUCCACCCGCCCACCUUCGAUUCUCCCCUCUUCCAACUCCCGCUUGUUUAAUCGCUUCCUUGAUCGCUCGCUUGACUCCAUUCUCGGUUAUUUUUGUUCUUCCAAAGCCUUUGCUGAUUUUCUAAGGUUCUUGUCGGCUUGCUAGCUGCUUUCACCGUCUAUUGCGUCUACGACGGUCCUUAAGAAAAGCCAAACUUCGCCAAGCAGUAACCAAGCAACCAAGCAACCAGCCAUGGCUACCGUCCCGCAUUGCCUUUACUGCUUCGAGACGCUCGCUGCGUACCUCGAGGGCCGCAAAUCCCUUAGCCUUAGCGAAGUUGUGGACGCGUGGAACGAGUACAAGAAAGAUGCGGGAGCCGGCAUCGAGGAUUCGAGCAAACAAGAGAGCCUCGAGAAGCAGAUCCCCGCUCUUAAGCGAGUAGUCGGUUCCGAAUCUACCGACAUAAGCAGCACAUCCUCACCCUCUUCGGGUUCAUCUUUGUCGCUCGCUACCGAAACAACCGCGACCUCGACAGAUUCUCUCCCGGAAACCAUCAUUACCGAAUCCCCGCUGUUCGUCACCUGGAACACUGUGUCUCCCCGCACGGGUAAUACUUCCCUUCGAGGCUGCAUCGGGACGUUCGAAGCGCAGGAGCUCGGCGAGGGGUUAUCGUCCUAUGCCAUCACUUCGGCUAUCAACGACAUGCGCUUCGAUCCCAUCAGCAAGCGGGAGCUGCCCUCUCUCGAGGUAGCCGUUACACUAUUAACAGAUUUCGAGGACUGCGCCGAUACGAUGGACUGGGAGAUCGGUAAGCACGGACUGCGCAUAAGCUUCUCGGAGCGGGGCCGUCGCUUCGGCGCCACUUACCUGCCGGACGUCGCGGCCGAGCAAGGGUGGACCAAAGAAGAAACGCUAGUCAGCCUGAUGCGCAAAGCCGGCUGGUCGGGUCGUAAGGACAAGUGGCAGAGCGUCGAACUCAAAGUCGUGCGCUACCAGGGCAAGAAGAAGUCCCUGCUAUACUCCGAGUACAAGGAGUGGCGCGACUGGGUCGACCAGAAAGACGAGGACGAGGCAUAGAAGAAAAAAAAAAGAACAAAAAAAGAAAAAAAGAGCAAGGCAAUAUAUCACAAUACACCAUCACAGGUGCUCUCUUCUCAGGGAGCGCAUAUGCAAAUGCAUUUAUUGGGCGGCGUUGGCGCAUGCCGGAGGGAAUGGAGGGAGUAUAGAGUACGGCGCCUGGAACAGCAGCGGCGGAGGCAUCAGCAGUAACAGCAGCCCAGGUGGGUUAUUCGACGAUACAGGUAGAUUUUUGGUCCUUUUUUUGGUGCGCUUCCGCUGUGCAUGUUAUACUCACCUAGUCGUUAGGUUUUACUUUGAGGUAAUUAGGUACUUCUACGACUUAUCAUAAGAUUGACAUUAUUAUUGACCUAACGCCCUUCGGCCAAGCUGAAGUAAAAUCUUUAAUUAGAAUCAUAUUUCUAAGCCAUACGUAUCUGUCGCGCAGCUCCGUUGACCAGGACACAAUUCGCAAUUCGCA